UCGAAUUAUGACAUCUUCAAAGUUCUUCGCCCUCCGGGCAUCUCUGAAGAAGUCGACGGAAAUGACUCAGAGGUCCAUGUUUUUGAGGAGCAAAUAAGGCAGGAGAUGAGGAAUCUCACGGCGGUGCCCACUGAUAGGACAAUAAUAUUGAUCUGGUUUUGGCCAUUCAAUUACAAAUUUAGCCCCGAAUGCAUUGGAUCUGAUUUGCGCGGACUACACUUUACCGACAACAGAUCCCUGUAUAACCAGGCUCACCUGGUCUUCUUCCAUCACAGGGAUAUCCGGACUGAUCUUUCCAACAUGCCCAAGGAGCCACGACCAUGGUUUCAGAAAUGGGUGUGGAUGAACAAAGAGUCCCCUGCUAAUUGCCAUCGAAUACCUCAGGCCACUAGCCUGUUCAAUUUAACAAACAACUACAGGCUGGAUUCGACGGUGCCAGGACGAUACGGAGAAAUAACUCAACGCAAAACCGCCAAGGAUGAUUUUAAAUUACCAGCUAAGGACAAACUGGUAUGUUGGAUUGUUAGUAGCUGGAACCAAAAUCACAAAAGAGUCAAUUUCUACAAUGAACUGAAAAAGCAUAUCCAUAUUCAUACUUAUGGGGCCGCAUUUGGAAUGAAAGUUAGCAGAGAUGAGGCAGUCCAGUUAAUUACUAGCUGUAAGUUCUACCUGUCCUUUGAGAACUCUAUCUUUAAAGACUACAUCACAGAGAAGGUAUACAAUCCCCUGUCAAUGGGAACAGUGCCAGUUGUUCUAGGUCCUUCUAGAAAUAAUUAUGAGGAGCACAUUCCUGGUAGUUCAUUCAUCCACUUUGAGGACUUUGAUACCCCAAAGAAGCUUGCUGACAGAUUACACUACCUCGACCAGAAUCAAGAAGAGUACAUGAGUUACUUUCUCUGGAGACGGGAAUUUGUGGCCAAACAUGGAGGUUGGGGCAUGGAUGUUUGCCGUACAUACAAAUAUAUGGAAAACGCCCCUGGAUUCCAAACAAUUAACGAUCUAAACAAAUGGUUCUGGGGUUAAGAAAAAAGGGUUAGGACUAGGUAUGCAUUUUUGGAUAAACCUUUGGGUAAUAUUUUGCCACCUUUGGGUGCAGUACCACGAUUGGGUAUAUUAGUAGGUGGGUGUAUUGGUAUCCACCUAA